CUCAAUUAUUUUUUGUUCUAUUUAUCAUCUUUGUAGCAAAAAUAUUAAUAGGUGGUCACAAAGUUGUAUCAGUCGACCGGAUUUGAUUCCUAAACUGUGCGGUGAUAGCUUGUCAAUCGACAUUUGCUAUCCAUGUGUAUAUAUUUUAUCACAAUUUCAACCCUUGAUUUUCCAAUUAAGGAUUAUCACUCCACACUGUAUCCUCUGAAGUGUACUUUAGAGAUGUCCAAUCGAAGAUAAGGUUUUAUCUUAUGGUGAUUCCUUGUAAUCAACUCACUUAUCUCAAGGGUAAGUAGUUUUGAAUAUGAAUUCCUCACCUUGAAUGUUGGGGCCACUAGCCUAUUAAAUUUUGGGAGACUUGCACACCACGCAGAUAAGUUCUGAUCAUAGUGUGAAGUCUCACACAUCUCAGGCUGUUUUUGUUCGUGAUCAAUUGAGCUCAUGAGUUCGAGAUUGGGUCGUGGUUUGUGAUAAUGGACAGCUACAACACCCUCCCCCUCCCCACACACACAUCCCCUAAAUUUUUUACCUACUCAGUAAGAAAACCCAUGAUGAGUGACUAAUGAACCUCUGCCAGCAUGCAUACUGAAGUCUUACUGUCUUGGCCAUACAUGGGAUCAAUGACUAAAGACAAAUAACAGCAAGAGGAUACAUAUUGCGAAGGGUGUCGCAGAGGUUCUUCCCAGACAAAGCCACAAUUCUUGCUGUUGAUAUUCUUAACGAACUUGUUGAGGUGCUGAAAAUCAGGCCUUGCCCCAUUGUUUUUGCAUCCUUUUCAGGCGGUGCAAAAGCUUGUAUGCAGAAGGUUCUUCAGAUAAUUAGUGGCAGCUCUGAAGCUCAUAAUAUGGAUGACUACCAGCUAGUUAGAGACUGUAUUUCUGGCUAUAUUUAUGAUUCCAGCCCAGUUGAUUUUACCAGUGAUUUGGGUGUUCGAUUUCUUCUACAACCAAGUGUUUUAAAAGUGUCCCAUCCACCAAGAUUUGCUUCAUGGGUUGCAAAUGGCAUAGCCUCUGGUCUUGAUUCUCUUUUCCUCAGUAGAUUUGAAUCACAGCGUGCAGAGUAUUGGCAGACACUUUACUCUACCAUUAAUAUGCAGGUCCCGUAUCUCAUUUUAUGUUCAGAAAAUGAUGAUCUUGCUCCUUUUCAAGUUAUUUCAAAUUUUUUCCAAAGACUAAAAGACCUUGGUGGAGAUGUCAAGUUGUUAAAAUGGAGUGCUUCUCCUCAUGUAGGUCAUUUUUGGCAUCAUCCAAUUGAUUACAAGGCUGCUAUCACUGAGAUCCUUGGCAAGGCUGUUGCAAUUUAUCAUUCCAAAAAUAGUCGAAUUGAAGAUGAGAAACUGGGUAUGGAAGGAACAAAAGAUGAGAUCACAGAUCCGUUCUCUGGAUUGAGGAAAGCGACAAUGUCCUCAACUAGUUUUCAGGGUUUUGCUCUUGCUCCAAGUGAUAAUUUGUCUUCUAGUUCAACGGAGUAUUACGUGGGUAAGGGUGUUGGCACCAUAGCAGAUGAACGCAAAGGAGGGUUUAUUCAUCUCCCGAGCCGUCCGAGCAUCAAUGCAAAUGGGGUUCUUGGCCAAAUAUUGUUUGAUGUUUGUGUACCCAAGAAUGUUGAGGAUUGGGAUAUCAGGUCAAAUUCCAAGAAUGCACCAUUAGCAGGUACAAGGAAGCAUGUUCCAUUUAAUCCUAUAAAAUGCAUUCGGCGUUCAAGGUUGUAAGAUUGUUGACUGACAAAAGCCUCAGGAAAAUUAUGCUUGGAAGGUUGGUGUUUUCUUCAAGGUUCAAAAUUUUUAAGGAGAUCCAAUGGGCACGAGAGAUGUGUAGUAGUAUUAUUACCUUAAGUAAGAGGCAAACGGACUAAUAACUUACCACCUUAGCUGUUCUUUUAGCACUUUGGACUUAGUAAUGUGAUUGAGAAGCUUGCCUUUUUCUUAAUGUAAAUUGUACAUAUACUUCAAUGGAGAAAAGAAAAAUGUUUUAACUAAGAUCACUAUGACAAGAAUAUAGGUGGAAUUAUAAUUGUAGCCCCACCCAAAUUCUGUUCGUAAAGAAAGUAAUCCUAAUCACUGCUUCUGAGCUCAAUAUCAACCUCGGUGUUCAGAAUCAAGGGUUGUUUGACGUGUUGAAUAAAUGGAAUGCUCCUCGAUCUUGUUCAGCA